AUGUCCGUGUUACAAGAUGAAACAUAUGGACAAAAUCUUCUUGCCUAUUGUGAUAUGUGUUAUGCUGUAUUUGAUUCUGAAAAAGAAUUACAUUAUAAAUGUUCCUCAUGUUAUGAUUAUAUUGUUUGUUCGAAAUGUUUUCCUUUAACAAAAGUAAAACAUUCCCCCCUUCAUACAUUUGUACCAAUAAUUGGACUUCCAAAUGAAUUUGCAUGGGUUCAAAAUAAUAUUGGAAUUAGAUGUGAUCGUUGUUUUCGAACUGAUUUUCCAGGUCGUCGUUAUAAAUGUACUGUUUGUACUGAUUAUGAUGUAUGUGAAGAAUGUUUUCCAUUUGUUAAUAAAUCUCAUGAACUUAAAUUAGCACCAAAUUCAGUUAAAGCAAAAUUAAAUCAUACAUUAUUGGCUCGACGUGCUGUAGCUCUACUCAGUAAUCCUGAUUCACCUUAUUAUGGACAUCCAUAUGAUGUUCUUACUGAUUUGUCAUUAACUAAAGCACGUACUCUAGUCAAUGAAAAUCAAAAUAAACAACCUCUAGAUAACAAACUUAUUCUUGAAGAUCUUGUACAUUAUCCAAAGGAACUGAAAUUAGAUGAACCAAAUAAAAAAAUGACAAAAAAUAAACAAAAGAAAAAAAAUAAAAUUCAUGAUGGAUUAUUACAAGUUGAUGAAGAAUCAAUGAAAGGAACAUGGCCACGAGGAACAUGUUCUCGACAUAGAUUUCUCAAUAAUACAUGUUUUUUACAUCCAGAAAUACAACAAGAUUCAAUCAAAAAUGUUGAUCUGAGCAGUACCACUGGAUGA